GACAUUUGUUUUUGCGCUAUCAACCGGUCUAGUGAGGUUAUUAUUUUGUAAAUUACAUUUUAGACAAUGAAGUUCCUCAUACUUUUUUGUGGUUUGCUGGCUUUGACAUUAGCAGAGAAAUAUUCCACGGAGAACGACGACUUGGAUAUUGAAGCCUUGAUAAAGAACGACGCUGAAUUUAAAUCGUUUUUGGAUUGUUUCAACGAGAAAAUACCAUGCGAACCAGUACCUGCACAGUUUAAGAGUGACCUCACCGAAGCAGUAGAAACCGCCUGCCGGAAAUGCACCGACGCCCAGAAGAUCCAGAUGAAGAGGUUUCUGGAGCACACCAUCCAGAAGUAUCCCAAGGAGUUCCAGGUGUUUAGCAAGAUCUACGACAAGGACUCCAAACACCUCGUGGCUCUAAUGUCAGCUCUGUCAGCUAUUCCCUACGUAUCGUAUUUGAUAGAUUUCGUCAACAAUGAUGGGCCUACCUUCCAAAUUAAACUGGACGUAUGUAACUCUUAUUUUGUUGCGCAUAGAGACUAUAAUCCAACGUUUGGUGUAGAAUUUGUUGGCCUUAGAGCCAGUGAAGGUGGUGGCUUAAUAGUCGUCAAUAUAAAAGCACUGUCGCUUUCCGUAGACGUUAGUUCUGUUGAUCCCAUAGAUACUAAAAGCAUCAUGAAAACCUUCGUGGUAUUAGCUUGCCUGGUGCUGGCAGUCUUCGCGGCUGACAAGUACAACUCCAAGUAUGACAACUUCGAUGUGCAGACCCUCAUCACCAAUGAGAGGCUGCUGAAGUCCUACAUCAACUGCUUCCUGGACAAGGGCAGGUGCACCGCUGAAGGAUCAGACUUCAAAAAAGCACUACCAGAGGCACUAGAAACAACCUGCGGCAAAUGCACAGACAAACAGAAGGAUAACAUCAGGAAAGUGGUGAAGACGAUCCAGCAGAAAUAUCCAGAACAGUGGAAGGAACUGGCCAAGAAGAACGACCCUACAGGAAAAUUUACGGCCAAUUUUGAAAAAUUCGUCAACGAAGGUUGAAGAUUUUGGUAGUGAUUUAAGAUAAAUUGUAAAAUAUUACACCUAUUAUAUAAUGUUCUGUCAUGUCGAACAGCUUGUUUGAAAUUCUGUUGCUAUUUGUAAUCAAGCUAUAGAGAAAAGAAGCAAAUAAGCUUAUCUUAUACUUAUCAGAAAAUUUUAAAACAGAAACGGACGUUUUGGACCACAUUCCACGCCAGUAGAUUGUGGUAAAGCUGGACAUAAUAUUUUACAAUUUCGUCUCAAAUUAAUGUCCUGAAGUAGUUAUAAGUGUAGAAUAAGAAAUCAAUUAUUUAAACAAUACAAAAGAACUGAUACAAUCAAUCUGUUAAGAUGUGGAAGAACAACAAAAAAAGAAAAGAAACGAAGAAACUAAAUAAAAAAAUCUACCUAAAAUCAAGAUUUUGGAUUGUGUUACAAUCGGCCUUUUGCAAUUUGUACUGCAUUUGUUAAGUUAUUUAUUUGUAAAAGACUUAUUAAUAAAAUAUUA